AUGAAACUUAGAGCUCACAACAAUCUUGUUGGUCGACUUAUUGGCAAAGGCGGUGCGACGAUCAAGAAGAUCAUGGAAGACACCAGCUGCACGAUAUUCGUCUCAAAUAUAAACGAAUUGAACAUGUUUAACAUGGAACGAACGAUUACCGUUCGCGGACCGUUGGAAAACGUAGCGCAUGCUGAACAAAAGAUCUCAUCCAAGUUGCGACAAUGUUGGGAGAACGAUAUGUUAAGCGCGCCCCAGAGUAUUUACGGCGGACUUCACCCGUUGAUUAACCCGAUUCCGCCGCUAGAGAAUGUUGGAUAUGCGCCUGUAGGAUUAGCUCCUCCCGGUGCUGGUUUCGUGUCCGGUGCCGGUUUUCUCAGUGGCAGGCCUAUGCAGUUGGGUGCCGCCUCGUCUGCUUAUACGCUCGAAGUUGUUCAUAUAUGGGUGCCAAAUAACGUCGUAGGAGCUCUUAUUGGUUCAAAGGGACUUCAUAUUCGUAACGCAAGCCGGUUUACUGGUGCUCAUAUUAGAAUCGAGUCAGCACGUAGCGCUGAAAAUAAUGUUCAGCAGCAAGCGGAUGACAGGAAAGUUGUGUCUGAUAACGAGCGGAAAGUAACCAUCACCGGAAGCGACAUACAGCAAUACAAGGUUAGUGUUGUGGAUUUUCAGGCCCAGUUCUGGGUGUUCAAACGUAUCUGUGAGCAGAAUGUCACAUUCUUUGAAGAUAUUCGUCUGUGCACCGAAAUACAUGUGCCUUCGAAAUUAGUCGGUCGCAUAAUCGGUAAAGGGGGUGCAAACGUUCGGGAAUUGCAACGACUUACGGGCGCACAGGUAAAAAUUCCGGAGGAU